UCCACAUUAGAGCUGGCAGUAGUUUCGGAUUAAACAGUGGUAGCAGCUUCCUUUUCUUGGUCGCGUUCACCAUGAAGGCCAGCGGCCUGCUUCGUCACUAUGAACUGGUGGGUCGUGCCCACCCUACGGAGCGGGACCCUCACCCGAAGCUGUACAAGAUGUACAUAUUCGCUCCGGACUUCGUUACGGCAAAGUCCCGUUUUUGGUACUUUAUCAAAAAGCUCAAGAAGGUGAAGAAAACCACUGGUGAGGUCAUUUCCAUUAAAAGAAUCCCUGAAAAGAACCCAGGAAAGGUUAAAAACUACGGUAUCUGGCUGCGAUACAACUCACGGUCGGGAAUCCAUAAUAUGUACCGCGAAUACCGUGAUGUUACAACCGAGGGCGCUGUAACGCAGUGUUACAGGGAUAUGGGUGCUCGCCAUCGCGCCCAGGCAUCGUCGAUUCAAAUUAUCCGUGUUGAAUCGGUUCCGGCCGCAAAGACUAGGCGUGCCCACAUUAAGCAGUUCCAUGACCAGAAGAUCAAGUUUCCCCAUCCGUUCCCGAUCAAAAGGAACUUCCACGCACAGCGCUUUGCUGCUAACAGGCCUAUUGUUCGGUUCCAGUGAACAGCGUGUCCGGAAUCUAACGAUCUUUACUGGUCGAAAGCUGGACCUCGUGUGUCGCGCAAAAUGUGGUAUCAAUAAAAAGGGUUCGGAAGGAAAAA